AAAUGGUGGAGAAGAGACAAAAGAAGAUCUCCAUUUUCGCCCGCAAGAAACCAAGAAAAAUCUCACAACUCGGUCUCCGAACGUGCUAGUCACAUUGUCCACAGAGAAAUCUCUCCCUUCUCGUCUUUCUCCCCGAAAAAACCCCACCCACGUACGUACAUAUGUUUCCAUCUCAUUGUCGGGAGAUACGUAAAUUUUCCGACAAGGCUCCUAGAAUUCGACUCCUUGAUCUUUCCCCCGCGAUUCCUUUCGAUCUGCGUUGAAUUUGGGCUGUUUUUCUCCCCGGAGGCUUAAUGAUGGGUUUGGAUUUCUGUUCUCGGCCCUUCCUUGAAUUCGGAAAUGUCGUAAAGUUUUGAUGUCCGAUCGGGCAAACCCGCCUGAAUGGACGGCGCUUUCAGGGUAUAGCUGUGUUCUUGUUUUCCGGGUUUGUGAUUAUUUGGAGGCUUGAAAUGUCUUGCGGACAAGAAGUUUUCGAUCCCGUCGAAGUUUCUGGCUCGAGCAUAGGUUCAGAUACUUGCUUGUACGAUCUUUUGUUUUCGGAGACACCAAGGUGGGAUCCUCAGAAGGAUUUGCACGCAUCUCGUUGUGAUCCCAGGGAUAAGUUGGAGAAUAUGAUGAGACAAUGUGGAAACAAGUACUGUGCAGACUGUGGAUCUCCCGACCCGAAAUGGGUAUCAUUAAGUCUCGGGGUGUUUAUAUGCAUAAAGUGUUCCGGUGUACACAGAAGUCUCGGGGUUCAUAUAACAAAGGUCCUAUCUGUAAAAUUAGAUGAGUGGACGGAUGAACAAGUCGAUAUGCUCAUGGGGUUGGGAGGAAACAUAGCCGUUAACAAAAAGUAUGAAGCUUGCGUCCCCGACAACAUCAAGAAACCGAAACCAGAUUCACAUAUCGAGGAACGGUCCGAUUUCAUCAGACGAAAAUACGAGCUGCAGCAGUUUAUGGACCCUAAGGAUGGCGGGUCAUGCCCAUACCAUCCUGGAAGAAGAACUUCAUCAUCCUCGUUGAGUUCUUCGGCAAGUCACCGUUCUGCGAAAACCCGCAUUAGCCAUGCCUUCCGGAAUAGCUGGGUAAGAAGGGAAUCUGAUCACAAGUGCCCUAAGAAGAGCCACUCCUUGGCAGGUAUGGUCGAAUUCGUCGGAUUGAUUAAGGUUAAUGUGGUAAAAGGCACUAACCUUGCCGUACGGGACGUGAUGACCAGCGAUCCUUAUGUAAUCCUCGCCCUUGGUCAACAAUCGGUGAAGACUCGGGUCAUAAAGAACAACUUGAACCCGGUGUGGAACGAGACGCUAAUGCUUUCGAUCCCCGAUCACAUCCCCCCUCUCAAAGUGCUUGUGUACGACAAGGACACGUUCUCAACGGACGACUUCAUGGGAGAGGCUGAGAUCGACAUCCAGCCAUUGGUGAGUGCAGCGAAAGCUUACGAGACGUCGGAUAUAAAGGAAUCGAUGCAGCUAGGGAGCUGGGUGGCGAGCAAGGAGAACACGCUCGUGACCGACGGCAUAAUCUCCCUGGUAGAAGGGAAAGUGAAACAGGACAUAUCCCUUAGGCUUCAGAAUGUCGAGAGAGGUGUUCUUGAGAUCGAGCUCGAGUGUGUCCCCCUCACCCAAUAGCUUCCUCCUCUUGCUAACCCUUUCUCGUCUUUUCGGGUAUGUAAAACCCGAAGAACAUUCUCUUCUCUCUGUUAACUUUUUUUUUGUUGAUCUCACGGGAAAAAAAACCCGGGUUUGUGUGUUCCAUUGGAUUGGAGAUUGAGAUGAGAGUUGUUGAUCAACUUCAAGAGCAUGAAGAAGUUACCUUCUGCUCUGUUCCUUCUUCUUGUUCA